GGUGAGCGAGUGUCUGGAGGGGAGGACUCGGGAGCGCGACCAGCCGAGGGAUCGAUCGGAUUAAACUCGAUUUGAGUGAAAUUAACACAAAGGAGAGAAGAGCAACGCACACUAGUCGGCGAGGUCGCGGAUAGGAGACACGCCGGAGAAACAUUUCAUGAUAAAUAAAAACUUGAACUUUUUUCCUGUUUAUUUAUAUUUCAAACGAAAAAAGGACCACGGUGGAUUUUUUCAAGCAAGCGGAGAUACUAACCCCACUAACGAGGAGUUGAUUUGAUAAAAAAGCCCCAAAGUGACCGAGCUUGUUGGGAUUCAAGGAGGACCAUGGAGUAGCAGACUUCAGAUCAGCAGCUAACAGUUUAGCUCCUCACGGCACAACAGACAUCCCUCCAUCCAUUCGCUCCAUCCGUGGGCCCCCCACCCAGCCAUGGCGGACCCAGGGAUGUUGAGUUUGUUUGGGGAUGACGCAGGGUUGUUCUCAGAUGGCUUAGAUGGUUUAGGAGACUGUUUUCCUCAGCAGCCCACCCCAGGCCAGCCCAACCCUCUAGCCCAGCAGACUAAUCCCUCUCUGGGCCAUGAGCACCAGGCGGCUGGGGGUUACCAUCAGGGGAUGCUCCACAGUGCUGGACCCGGCCCGGGGCAGCCUAAACUGGGGCAGCUCUACGAUCAUGGUCCCUAUACGGGCUACGAUCAACCUGGGGCAUCCGGGGGAAGAAUGAUGACCCAGAAUGGCCCUAGCCAGGGGCAGCCAAAUGUUAACUCGGCCAUGAAUGGAAUGUCCGCCCGCUACCACAACAACCCCACUAACCCUGGCAACCCUCACCAUGGCUACCCAGGUGAUGCUGGGGGAGGAGGGGGUGGGGGUGGUGUUUGGGGUCAGCAGCAGCAGAGCCGAGCAACCUAUCAGCAGCCUCCGACGCAGCCAGGGGGCGGGCCCAACCAGAUGGGAGCCUAUCAGAUGUCACGGGGCGACUAUGGCGGAAUGCAAGGUCCGCCUGCUCCCAAUGCAGCACGUAUGAACCAACACUACCCUCCACAGAGCAUGGCACCCCCUCCUGCUCAGGACCCGGCUCACUACCUGGGGCAUGUUGGGAUGGGGGGGUCCCAGAUGAGACAUCCCCAGCCUCAGCCACAACCACAGGGCUACCCUAACAUGGGCCACACAACCCGAUACCCACACUCCCCCUCCCGGCAGCCUCCGCACCCCCACCAGCACCAUCAGGGCAUGGGAGGGUUCGGGGGUGGCCAGUACACUGGCUAUCAGGCGCAGUAUGGAGCCAUGGGCCAGGGGAUGGGCCCUGGCAUGGGCCAGGGUGCUAACGCUAAUGUCAGCGCUAACACCAGCCAGGCCAUGGGACCAGGGCAGUUGAGCCAGAGGUAUACCCAGGGAUCAGGCCCUGCAGCUGGGCCACAGGGGCAGCGAUAUCCCCCUGUACCGCCGCACCAAUCCCAACCCCAUCAGCCCCACCCUGCCCCAAUGCAGCAACAGCAGACAGGGCAGCAGGGUCAGCCUAUGCACCCCCAAAACCACCCCCAACACCCCCAGAAUUUGCCCCAGUCCCAAAACCAACCCCAGCCCCACCUUGCCCCCCCAGCUCAGGGAACAUACCCCUCCCCCUCAUCCAUGUCUCCCAUGCGGGGUUUGGGGACCCCGACUCCCCCUCCCCAGCAAGGCAGACCCCCAAGCGCAGGGCUAGCUGGACCACCAGAUGUUUCAGGGUACACAGCCCUCCAGUCUCCACCCAACCCCAUGGCCCUCCCACAGAGAAGCCCUCAGACUCCUCUGUCGGCCCCCCACCCCCAGACACACCCUCAACACCAGCAUCCCCACAACAUGCCCCCCAGCACAGGGCAAAUGUAUCCAGGCAUUGGGCCACAGCGUGGGCCCCAAAUCGGCCCAAAUCGGCCCCAGCACCAGCCACAGCAAGGCCCUCAUGAAGCUCCAGUCAGCCAAGGGGGGGACCAGCGUCUGCUCCAGGCCCAGCAGCAGGCCUCCAGAGGCGGGCAGCCACUGCAGCCGGCUUCCCUGGGCUUCCAGGGCCCACCUGUCAGUCAGCAUGGAGCCCUACCCCCAAACCAGGGCUUGGUGACGCCGGCCCAGAGCACUCAGACGCAGCACACACACCUGCCCCCCCACCACCUGCAGAGCACGCCACCUCCCCCAAGUCAGGCCUCCCACCCAUGGGCGCCUCCCCCUCCCAACGCCCACCCCCUCUCCUCACCCCCUCUCACCCCGCAGAAAGUGCCUCACAUACAGCAUUCCCCCAUGGACCCGUCAGGCGAUGCCAUGACGACAGUCCCUGAUAGGCCUAUGGUCACUGCCGGGGCUACCGGUCAGCCUAUCAGCACGGAGCAGCCCGGCGACCGGGACACCAAGCCAAAAAAGAAGAAGAAGAAGAAAGCAAAGGUAGUGGAGGAGGAGAAUGAAGAUGGCGGGAGGAAGACAGCAGGAGUGGAGGGAGGCGAGGAAGACAGAAAGCCAGAGUUCCCUGGGACAGGAAGUGAUGUGGGGGAGCACGCAACUGGCGGAGGAGUGGCAGAGGGAGCUUCGCCUCCAGUGGAGGAGAAGAAGAAGCGGAAAAAGAAACCAAAGGAGAAGGCAGAGGGCAAGGAGCCCAAAGAGCCCAAGACCCCCAAGACGCCCAAAACCCCCAAAACACCCAAGACCCCCAAAGAGCCCAAGGAGCCGAAGGAGAAGAAGGCAAAGAACUCCACGCCCAAGACCAAGAACCCUAAGAAAACCAGCAGUAAGAAGGCCGAGUCAGAGGGCGGGGCUAGUGCAACGAAGAAGGAUUCCAAGAGGAAGAGAGAGUCAUCAAUCAGCGAUGAUGUGGAGGUGAAGUCUCCGCCCCCCUCGCCUGCCGAGGAGGAAGACGAUGACGGUGUACAGAAGCGUCGUUCCAGCCGUCAGGUGAAGAGGAAGAGGUACACCGAGGAUCUUGAGUUCAGGAUAUCCGAGGAAGAUGACAGUGGCGACGACUCCCCAGCACCCAAAUCACCAUCCUCUUCAUCACAGCAACAGGAUGUGGCCGAAGCUGAGGGGCCUGUGGUGGAGAAGAUCAUGGGCAUACGCACCACCAAGAAACAGCUGGAGUCGGGAGAGGAAGUGGAGGUGGAGGAGUUCUAUGUCAAGUUUAAGAGCUUUUCAUACCUGCACUGUCGCUGGGCCGACGUGGAGGAGCUGGAGAAGGACAAGAGAAUCCAUCAGAAAGUCAGGAGGUUUAAGGCCAAGCAGCAACUCAACAGCUUCAUUACUGAGAUGGACGAUGAGCCUUUUAACCCAGACUACGUGGAGGUGGACCGAGUUCUGGACGUUUCAGAGAGCACAGAUGAAAACGGAGAGACGGUGACCUUGUAUCUAGUUAAAUGGUGCAGUCUGCCUUAUGAAGACUCCACCUGGGAGCUGAAGGCCGACAUUGACCAGUCCAAGAUAGAGGAAUACGAACGCAUCGCAGCACGCACACCCAACACUAAGAGAGUGGAACGCCCUCCUACUGCCGAUUGGCAGAAGUCGGAGAGCUCCAGGGAAUACAGGAACGGCAACGCACUCAGGGAGUACCAGCUAGAAGGGCUGAACUGGCUAUCCUUCAACUGGUACAACAAACGUAACUGUAUCUUGGCUGAUGAGAUGGGCCUGGGGAAGACCAUCCAGUCCAUAACAUUCCUCUAUGAGAUCUACAUGAAGGGCAUUGAGGGGCCAUUCCUGGUCAUUGCCCCGCUCUCCACCAUCCCCAACUGGGAAAGAGAGUUCAGGACCUGGACCGAACUCAAUGUGGUGGUCUACCACGGCAGCCAGGCCAGCCGCAAGACCAUCCAGGCCUAUGAGAUGUACUAUAGAGACGCACAGGGUAAGAUAAUAAAGGGAGCCUAUCGUUUCCAUGCUGUGAUAACGACCUUUGAGAUGAUUCUGACAGACUGUCCGGAGCUUCGUAAUGUUCCAUGGCGCUGUGUGGUAAUAGAUGAAGCUCACCGACUCAAAAACAGGAAUUGCAAACUACUGGAGGGACUCAAGAUGAUGGACAUGGAACACAAGGUUCUGUUAACAGGGACUCCCCUCCAGAACACAGUGGAGGAGCUCUUCAGCCUGCUUAACUUCCUGGAGCCUGACCGAUUCCCCUCUGAACAAACCUUCAUGACUGAGUUUGGAGACCUCAAGACCGAAGAACAGGUCCAGAAACUGCAGGGCAUUCUGAAGCCCAUGAUGUUGAGGAGACUGAAGGAGGACGUGGAGAAGAACCUGGCUCCUAAGGAAGAGACCAUCAUCGAGGUGGAGCUGACCAACAUCCAGAAGAAAUACUAUCGGGCCAUUCUGGAGAAGAAUUUCUCCUUCUUGUCUAAAGGAGGUGCAGGAGGAAGUGGUGGAGGAGGAGCCAACGUCCCCAACCUCCUUAAUACUAUGAUGGAGCUGAGGAAAUGCUGCAACCAUCCCUACCUCAUCAAUGGAGCAGAGGAGAAGAUCGUGGAGGAGUUCAGGGACUCCCAUGGUGGUGGGGCUGACAUGCCCGACUUUGCCCUCCAGGCCAUGAUCCAGGCCGCUGGAAAGCUGGUGCUGAUCGACAAGCUGCUGCCCAAACUGAAGGCCGGUGGCCACCGAGUUCUGGUGUUCAGUCAGAUGGUCCGCUGUCUAGACAUCCUGGAGGACUACCUCAUCCAGAGACGCUAUCCUUACGAGCGUAUAGACGGCAGAGUGCGUGGUAACCUGCGGCAAGCGGCCAUCGACCGAUUCUCCAGACCAGACUCGGAUCGCUUCGUCUUCCUUCUGUGCACGAGGGCCGGGGGCCUCGGCAUCAACUUGACCGCUGCAGAUACCUGCAUCAUUUUUGACUCUGACUGGAACCCUCAGAAUGACCUGCAGGCCCAGGCCAGGUGUCAUCGUAUUGGUCAGUCCAAGGCGGUGAAGAUCUACCGCCUGAUCACCAGGAACAGCUACGAGAGGGAGAUGUUUGACAAGGCCAGUCUGAAGCUGGGGUUGGACAAGGCCGUUCUCCAGAGCAUGAGUGGCCGAGAGAACGCCAACAACGGGGUCCAGCAGCUGUCCAAGAAGGAGAUCGAGGACCUGCUGAGGAAGGGAGCAUACGGAGCGCUGAUGGACGAGGAGGACGAGGGCUCAAAGUUCUGCGAGGAGGACAUCGACCAGAUCCUCCAGAGGCGAACCCAAACCAUCACUAUAGAGUCAGAGGGCAAGGGCUCUACCUUCGCUAAGGCUAGUUUUGUUGCAGCGGGUAACAGGACAGACAUUUCUCUGGAGGAUCCUGACUUCUGGCAGAAAUGGGCUAAGAAGGCCGAACUGGAUCUGGACGCUAUCAAUGGGCGGAACACACUGGUGAUUGAUACGCCCAGGAUCAGGAAGCAGACGCGCCACUACAGCAGUGUCAAAGAGGACGAAAUGCUGGAGUUCUCAGAGCUGGAGAGUGAUGCAGACGAACCGAGCAAGCCGCUGUCCAAACCACGGCGGCCCCAGGACAGAGCCCAGGGCUACCCCCGAUCUGAGUGUUUCAGAGUGGAGAAGAACCUGCUGGUCUAUGGUUGGGGAAGGUGGAGUGACAUCCUGUCCCAUGGUCGUUUCAAGCGCCCCCUACGGGAGGUUGAUGUGGAAACCAUCUGUCGUGCCCUACUGGCUUACUGCCUACUGCAUUACCGUGGCGACGAAAAUAUCAAAGGUUUCAUCUGGGACUUGAUUGCCCCGAGCGAGGAUGGGACAACCAAGACACUGACCAACCACUCUGGUCUCUCGACCCCAGUACCUCGAGGCAGGAAGGGGAAGAAGGGGAAGCCCCCGCCCCCACCUCCCCAAACCCCACGAGCUGAUUGGCUGACCAGCUGCAACCCAGACCAAUUACUGCAGGAGGACAGCUACAAGAGACACCUGAAACAUCACUGUAACAAAGUGUUGCUGAGGGUGAGGAUGCUGUAUUAUCUGAGACAGGAAGUCAUAGGCGACCAGGCCGAGCGCAUUCUGGAAGGAGCAGACUCCAGUGAGCUUGAUAUCUGGAUUCCUCAGCCUUUCCAUGCUGACGCGCCAGCUGACUGGUGGGACAGUGAAGCUGACAAAUCGCUGCUCAUUGGAGUCUUCAAACAUGGCUAUGAGAAGUACAACUCCAUGCGAGCCGACCCCUCCCUGUGUUUCUUGGAGCGGGUGGGCAUGCCGGACGCCAAGGCCAUCGCUGCCGAGCAGAGGGGCUCCGACAUGAUAGCAGAUGGCGUCGAGGGUGAGGAUGAGGAUCCUGAGUACAAACCACUGAGGAUGCCUUUUAAAGAUGACCUGGAUGACUUCACCAACUCUCCUCUAGACGAAAAGGAUGACAACAUGGAGGGAGAUGCUGAAGCAAAAUCAAGUGAAAAUGGUCGAGGUGGAGUCACUGGGGGCGGGUCCUCUGGCACCAACGAGCGUCUCUAUUGGCCCGUGGCCUCUGCUCUGACCGCCCGCCUGCGUCGUCUCAUCACGGCCUAUCAGCGCUCUAACCGGAGAGAGCAGCUCCGCCAAGAGGCCCUAAGCCGGCCUGACGGUCGCCGCCGCCGCCGCAGAGAGUUCCAUCCUUCCAUCGCCAUGGUUACUGAAGCAGGAGGAGGGGCGACUUACAUCCAAGAGGGAGGACCAGGCGUGUUCAUGGCAGAAGGAAGCCCGUAUUUGGCCAAGGGAAGUCCUUAUUUGGCUAAAGGCGGACAGUACAUGCCAGAGGCUGCAGCAGUAGCAUCUCAUGCUGCCCUGAUGGCUGAUGGAGCCAUGUACUACAAGGAGAGAAGGCAAAGAUGGACUCGACGUGAAGAAGCCGAUUUCUACCGUGUGGUGUCCACCUUCGGCAUUGUCUACGACACCCAGCAUCAGAGAUUUGAUUGGACACAGUUCAGGGCUUUUGCCCGAUUGGACAAGAAAACAGACGAGAGCCUGGAGAAGUAUUACUACUCGUUCAUCGCUAUGUGCAAGCGGGUCUGCCGCAUGCAAGUUAAGACUGAUACAGAACUCCCAGACCCUACUCUGAUCAUCGACCCCAUCACAGAGGAGCGUGCCUCCCGCACCCUGUACCGCAUCGAGCUUCUCCGCCGCAUUCGAGAGCAGGUCCUUCCUCAUCCACUGCUCUCUGAGCGCCUCCAACUCUGCCAGCCCUCCCCAGACCUCCCAGAGUGGUGGGAGUGUGGCCGUCACGACCGGGACCUCCUUCUGGGUGCCUCCAAACAUGGAGUGAGCCGUACCGACUAUCACAUCUUAAAUGAUCCCAGCUUGGCCUUCCUCGAGUCCCAUCAUCGCUUCAUUAACCAGCGAGGAGCCGGUACUGGAAUGGGAUCCCAGGGAGAGAUCACCAAAGCCACUGUGGGAGCAGCGGAAAAUGCUUCUGAUCCCCUCCUCACCCCCGCAGAGCUGGUCAGUGCUGCAGCCGCUGCAAGUGCUGCCAUUAAGGUGGCUAAAGAGGAGGCCGAGGAGGAGGGAGAAGUAAAGGAGGUGAAGACAGAGGAAGGAAGUGUAGAGGAGGAGGUUAAGACGGAGGCAGAGGGAGAAAAUGCCAACGACAUUCCAUGUACCAAGACUGAAAAUCCUGACAAAGAGGACGAGAAGGAGGGAGAUGAGAAAGAAAAACCUGCCGCCUCGCCAAAGGAAGUGACAAAAGAAGAGGAGGUGGCACAGCCAAAAGGAGAAAAAGAAGAGGAGGAGCUGAAAGAGGAGCUGAAUGGAGGAGAGAAGAGUUGCAAACUUGAAGACGACCAAGAUAAAGACACAAGAGAUGAGAAGGAGAGUUUGACUCUUGUUGACUCUCUCAGGGACCAGAAAGAGGCGACCACUGAGCUACCAGAACAUUCUGCUGCUUCUCCCAAAGCACAAACAGCCAACAAGAAGGCAGAGGAGGAGGAUGAAGAGGAGAAGGAGAGGGAGAGCCCUGAAACACCCAAAUCUCCCAAGCCAGCCGGCCCAGAGAAGAGCCCAGAGGAUGAGGAGGAGGAGAGGUUGGAUGAAGAUGACAAGUCAGAGAAAUCAUCUCAGGCUGAGGCAAGCGCUGCGUCAGAGCAGAAGAACUUUGAUGAGGAGAGUAUCGCCUCUCUGAGCACAUCGGCCCGAGACGAGACCAGAGAUGGCUUUUGCCCCGACGACCUGCCAGAAAACUCUGCCCUGCAGGCGCUUCAGGAGCGCACCUACGCCUUCUCUUUCUGGCCUAAGGAUCGAGUGAUGAUCAACAGGAUGGAUAACAUAUGCGAGGCCAUCCUGAAGGGCAAGUGGCCCGUCAACAGGCGCCACCUCUUUGAUUUCCCCAGCAACCUGUUGCCAGGGUAUGGGUCCACAGCAACCCCUGUGGCUGCAGCCACAGCGACAGAGAGCCCGCUGCAGAGGCGGAGCUUGGCAGAGCUGACGAUGGGCGGCACCCAUACGCCCUACAGUACCAGUGAAGAUAUAACACUAUCGCCACAGGUUCAUGAGGACGCUCUGAGCCUGACUGCGCCUCGUCAGAGGAGGAGGAGGAGGAGGAAGGUGGAGAUCGAAGCAGAGAGGGCAGCCAAGAGACGCAACCUGAUGGAGAUGGUGGCCCAGCUCAGAGAGAGCCACGCUGCCGCAGAGUCCCAGAGUCAGGCUAUAGACCUCACUAAGGGCAUUCACCAUCACCACAAGGCGUCUUCCUCACUGGCUGGCUUCCCCAGCGCCUUGGCGACAAGCCCCUCCCUCAAGGCCCAGAUGGAGCUGCUACAGCAGGCCCCGCCCCCCGGCCACAGAGCCAAUGGCUCAUUGGAGUCCGACCUGCCCAUCAUGAGGAGGCGGCGUGGCCGCAGGAAAAAUGUGGAGGGCCUGGAGCUGCUGUUCAUGGGGAGCAAGAGAGCAGGAGGGGAUGAGGCUGAAGGGACCAAGGUUCCAGGCGUGGAGGGGGUCCAGGAUACUGCCCGUGCCCACAGACCCCUCACUGUUCCUGGGCAGAGCCCCAGCACCCGGCCACCUGCCUCCACAGGUCUGGAGGAAGGAGAAGCAGCAGCUACUAACAAAGAGCUGAGAGACUGGCUCAGGCAGCACCCAACUUACACCAUGGACAUGGCUGGAUUCACACCAAAGAGCGAGGAGUUACUGCUGUCCCAGUUCUCUAAGCCCAAGCAGAAGCGGCAUCGCUGUCGAAACCCUAACAAGAUUGACAUCAACACUCUGACUGGAGAUGAGAGAGUCCCUGUGGUCAACAGACGCAACGGACGCAAGAUGGGUGGGGCCAUGGCUCCACCAAUGAAGGAGCUCCCCAGAUGGCUACUGGAGAACCCAGAGUUUGCAAUUGCUCCUGAUUGGACAGACAUCGUCAAGCAAUCAGGUUUCCUCCCAGAGGCCAUGUUUGACCGCCUGCUGACGGGCCCAGUGGUUAGGGAGGAGGGGGCUCGUCGUCGGGGACGACGGCCCAAAUCUGAGAUUGCCAAGGCAGCAGCUGCCGCACAGGUAGCAGCAGCUCAAGCUGCUCAGGCGUCACUGGCCUCUGCUGCUUCAUCCACAGGAGGCAUCAACCCUCUGCUGUUGAACAGUCUGUUUGGUGGGAUGGACCUGUCGUCCCUCCAGAGCCUCCAGUCGCUCCAGUUGGCUGCCGGUCUGAUGGCCUUCCCUCCUCCCACCGACCCAAAGCAGGCUGCUGCCAGUGCCGCUGCCGCCUCCAUGCUGCCCCUCAUGCUGCCCGGCAUGGGAGGCCUGCCCAACAUGGCCGCCGCUAUACCCAACAUGUUUGGCCUAGGCGGUCUGUUCGGAGGUAACCUGGCAGCCGCAGCCACUGCCGCGGCAACUAAUGCUGCAGUCACUGGAGCAUCAGGAAGCGCCAACGGAACGGUGGAGGAAGAGGGCGGAGAGGGUGAAGAGACGACGGCAAAGAGGAAGAGAGAGGGAGAUGACAAGGAGGUAGAGCAUGGCAAAGAGGUGGGAGAGGAGGGAGAGCCAGAGGGAAAGGAGGAAGCAGGGAAAAAGGCAAAAAAGAGGAAGACGGAGAAAGAGGGCGAGGGAGAGGCAGACAAAAUGGAGAAAUCCAGCGAUGACGUCACUGCGGCUUCUCAGAUCCCCGCCGCUGAUUCAGCAUCUGACCCAUCCGUCAACGGCGACGCCGCCGCCCUCUUGGCAGCAGCGGGCAUGUCUGCCAAUUCCCUGGCGUUCAACCCCUUCCUCCUCUCCACAAUGGCCCCCGGCCUCUUCUACCCCUCCAUGUUCCUACCUCCAGGCUUGGCAGGGCUCAGCCUGCCCGGCUUCUCCGCCGCCUCCGCCUCCACGCUGGCUGAGCUUCAGAGCGCCAUGGCUGGAGCCCUGGGGGGCAACACCGUGACCGUGAACCCCCCGAGAGACGAGAAGAAGGCACAGGCGGAGGAGGAGGGCGAAGAGGAGGGGGAGGAGGAGGACAAGGCAAAAGCUGCAGGAGAGGAGGCGCAGGGCGAAGGCGAGAGUGACUUGGCUGAGGAGAGUAGAGUGGAGGAGGAGGCAGGAGGCAGCGAGGAUUCAGCUGUGGAGGAUGGAGGGAGGGCCGUGCGGGGAGAGCGCUCUCCUCACGGCGGCAGCGGCAGCGCAGCGGCCGAGGCCGGAGGAGGCGGCUUGUCUCUCGUGGGCAGGGUGAAGGAGACGCUGCUCACAGAGUCUGGAACCAAGUGUCAGCAAUCUGACAGCAAGAUGACGUGUCACUUCCUGCUCUCUGUGGUUGUCAUGGAGAGGCUGGAGCUCCGUUGCCCCAGCGAUAAAGAGCCAUCUGCCGUCGGCAUGACGACCCACCACCAGGCCACCGCCACAGCAACUGUGAUUGAUCGCCCUCAGAGAGAGACAAGGCGCCUGUACCGACGUGACGGAGGACUUCCUGUGAUGUGA